AUGGCCUCUGAGUCCGUCAAAGUGGUGGUGCGCUGUCGCCCCAUGAACCAGCGCGAGCGGGAGAUGAACUGUCAGUCCGUGGUGACAGUGAACUGCGCCCGCGGCCAGUGCUUCAUCCAGAACCCGGUCGCGGCCGACGAGCCCCCCAAGCAGUUCACCUUCGACGGCGCAUACUACAUGGAUCACUUCACCGAACAGAUCUACAAUGAGAUCGCCUACCCGCUGGUGGAGGGCGUCACUGAGGGUUACAAUGGCACCAUCUUUGCGUACGGCCAGACGGGCAGUGGGAAAUCCUUCACCAUGCAGGGCCUGUCAGACCCACCAUGCCAGAGAGGGAUCAUCCCCAGGGCCUUCGAGCACGUGUUUGAGAGCGUCCAGUGUGCCGAAAACACCAAGUUUCUGGUUCGAGCCUCCUACCUAGAGAUCUACAAUGAGGAUGUCCGUGAUCUGCUGGGAGUUGACACCAAGCAGAAGCUGGAGCUGAAGGAGCACCCAGAGAAAGGCGUGUACGUGAAGGGGCUGUCCAUGCACACGGUGCACAGCGUGGCCCAGUGCGAGCACAUCAUGGAGAUGGGCUGGAAGAACCGCUCGGUGGGUUACACGCUGAUGAACAAGGACUCUUCGCGCUCUCACUCCAUCUUCACCAUCAGCAUCGAGAUCUAUGCCGUGGAUGAGAGGGGUAAGGACCAUCUUCGUGCGGGGAAGCUGAACCUGGUGGACCUGGCAGGCAGCGAGAGGCAGUCCAAGACAGGGGCCACGGGGGAGCGGCUCAAGGAAGCCACCAAGAUCAACCUGUCCCUGUCCGCGCUGGGCAAUGUCAUCUCUGCCCUGGUGGACGGGCGCUGCAAACACAUCCCCUACCGAGACUCCAAGCUCACCCGCCUGCUGCAGGACUCGCUGGGCGGCAACACCAAGACGCUGAUGGUGGCCUGCCUGUCCCCAGCCGACAACAACUACGACGAGACCCUCAGCACGCUGCGCUAUGCCAACCGAGCCAAGAACAUCAAGAACCAGCCUCGCAUCAACGAAGACCCCAAGGAGGCGCUGCUCCGAGAGUAUCAGGAGGAGAUCAAGAGGCUGAGGGCCAUCCUGGCCCAGCAGAUGAGCCCCAGCACAGCCCUGCAGCCCAGCCAGGUGCCCUUGGUUGAGGAGAGACUGUUGCCACCCCCUGUAAUCCAGCCCGACACAGAGGUGGAGAAGCAGCUGAUCCGGGAGGAGUACGAGGAGCGCCUGGCCCGGCUGAGGGCCGACUAUGAGGCGGAGCAGGAGUCCCGGGCCAGGCUGGAGGAGGACAUCACAGCCAUGCGCAACUCGUACGACGUGAAGCUGUCCACGCUGGAGGAGAGCCUGCGGAAGGAGACAGAAGCUGUCCUGAAGGCAGAAGUCCUUUACCCGGCUGAGGUCAUGUCCAAGGCCGAGUUUGCCAGCAGGUCCGAGCAUGCCCCGGCUGUGCAGUACGAGAUGGUUAUGAAGCCUGAGAUCCUCUGCAUGGCCGAAUUGCUGCCCCCCGGGGAGUUCACCAAGGCCCAGGAUUCCCCAGGGUUUGAAGAGCUGUCCCAAAUGGAGCCCGCCAAGUCUGAGAUUUCUUUUGGGUCCAACGAGUCCUCUAUACUGGAAGACUCCUCCAUGUCAGAGGCCUUCCCUGGGCCUGAGGAGCUUGCCAACGUGGAGUUUUCGGGGCCUGGGGUGGAGUCUGGGGGCAGGUACUUCCCAGAGGACUAUCUUGGCCAGGAGGCCCAGGGGCCCUCGCUGGAGGGAGAGAAUGACAUGCAGGAUGAGGAGGUGCCCAUGGUGCCCCUGCAGGUGGCGUCAAAUCUGCAGGACCCGCUUGUCCACCUGGAGGUCAAAAUGGCCCAACUGUCCCCCACUGCGGCCGUGGGGGAUGCAGCGCUGGCGGACAUCACUGAAGACCCAGUGCAGGUAGCUGGGCCACUGCCCCUGAUGGAGCCCAGUGACGCCAGGUCAGCAGCAGAGAUGGCAGACUACGAAUUCCCACCAACCACUGAGGCUGAUCUGGCUCCGAACAUAGUGGUGUGCACAGCAGAGACUGGUGUCUGGCUGGAGCCUGAGGUCCACGAGGCCCUGGAGUUCCAGCCCCGGCCCCGGCUGGCCACAGCAAGCCUCAGAAGGGAGAGCCUGGGCCUGAGUGGGGAGGAGGCCAAGCUGCCUGAUGAAGUGCUACAUGUGGUAGACCAGCAGCGGGUGCUGGCCCGCCUGCACCUGCUGGAGCAGCAGGUGGUGGGCGGAGAGCAGGCCAAGAACAAGGACCUGAAGGAGAAACACAAGCGGCGCAAGCGGUACGCAGAUGAGCGCAAGAAGCAGCUAGUGGCCGCACUGCAGAACUCAGACGAGGACAGCGGGGACUGGGUGCUGCUCAACGUCUAUGACUCCAUCCAGGAGGAGGUGUGGGCCAAGAGCAGGCUGCUGGAGAAGGUGCAGAAGAAGCUGCGUGCGGCAGAGGUGGAGAUCAAAGACCUGCAGUCGGAGUUUGCGCUGGAGAAGAUCGAUUACCUGGCCACCAUCCGGCGGCAGGAGCGGGACGCCAUGCUGCUCCAGCAGCUGCUGGAACAGGUGCAGCCCCUCAUCCGCAGGGACUGUAACUAUAGCAACCUGGAGAGGAUCCGGCGCGAGUCCAGCUGGGAUGAGGAGAAUGGCUUCUGGAAGAUCCCGGAGCCUAUCGUCAUGAAAACCAGCCUGCCCAUAGCAGUUUCAACUGGGACACAGAACAAAGCAGUCCGCAAAACCUCUGCAACAGACAGUGGAGAGUCAAAUGUGGAGGAAGACCGCUACAAGCUGAUGCUCAGUCGAAGCGACAGUGAAAACAUUGCCAGUAACUACUUCCGGUCCAAGCGGGCCAGCCAGAUCCUCAACACGGACCCCAUGAAGAGUCUGGCCCACCGCAACUCCCCACCAGGCUUCACCUCCCCGCUCAGCAACAACCCUGCCAUCUCCCUCCCCCAGGCCCCUGAAAUGCCCCAGCCCAGACCCUUCCGCCUAGAGUCCCUCGACAUCCCCUUCUCCAAGGCCAAGCAUAAGAAAGGCAAAAGCAACUGUGGCAACGAGCCUCUGUGA